UGCGAAACCCGCGGCCCAGAGGUAAAAGGUGGCGGCGGCGGAAGCGGCGCUAGCGGAAGGGGGUGUCCUGGAGGUUGUGGGUUCUUCGCCCGUGGGGUUUUCCCCACCCACCGCAUUCACCCGACGGCCCAGCCGAUGCAGGCGCGGACCCGGUUGUCGGCCUUCAUUCCUUCUCUCUUCGUGAUCCGAUCCAGACUCGCCAUGAGCAGCGCUACCGGCACCGUCACCAUCCACCAGCCCCUUAACUACCGGGCGGGCGCCCGCGUUCAUCCGACCGACGGCGGGCAGGCUGAGGAGGUGUAUGAGCCUGCCACAGGUCGUGUGAUAUGCAAGGUGCUCUGCUCUGGGGAGAAGGAAGUUGAUCUGGCUGUGCAGAGUGCAAAGGCUGCCUUUAAAAUAUGGAGUCAGAUGUCUGGGAUGGAGAGAAGCAGGGUGAUGCUGGAGGCUGCCAGAAUUAUUCGGGAGCAGAGAGAAGAAAUUGCCACCAUGGAAACCAUCAACAAUGGGAAGUCCAUCUUUGAAGCCAGAGUGGACAUCGACAUAUCCUGGCAGUGCCUGGAGUAUUAUGCAGGACUAGCAGGAUCUCUAGCUGGUGAACACAUCCAACUUCCAGGGGGAUCCUUUGGGUACACUCGGAGAGAGCCCCUCGGGGUGUGUGUUGGGAUUGGAGCCUGGAAUUACCCUUUCCAGAUUGCCUGCUGGAAGUCUGCCCCGGCCUUGGCUUGUGGCAAUGCAAUGGUCUUCAAGCCUUCUCCCUUCACCCCCGUUUCAGUGGUGAAGUUGGCAGAGAUCUUCACAGAGGCUGGUGUGCCCAAGGGGCUGUUCAACGUGGUGCAGGGUGGGGCAGCCACGGGCCAGUUACUCUGUCAUCACCCAGAUGUGGCCAAAAUCUCUUUUACUGGCAGUGUGCCAACUGGCAUGAAGAUUAUGGAGAUGGCAGCUAAAGGCAUCAAGCCAGUCACCUUGGAGCUGGGGGGCAAAUCCCCCCUUAUCAUCUUUUCAGACUGUGCCCUGGAGAAUGCUGUGAAUGGAGCCCUCAUGGCCAACUUCCUUACACAGGGUGAGGUGUGCUGCAAUGGCACGCGGGUAUUUGUGGAGAGGAAGAUACUGGAUGUCUUCACAAAGGAGGUGGUGAAACGCACACAGAAAAUCAAAAUUGGAGACCCGCUUCUGGAAGACACACGGAUGGGAGCCCUCAUCAACCGACCCCACCUGGAUCGUGUCCAGGGCUUUAUCAAGCAGGCGAAGGAACAGGGGGCAGAGGUUCUGUGCGGUGGGGACCUAUAUGUGCCAGAUGACCCGAAGCUGAAGAAUGGCUACUACAUGCGACCCUGUGUGUUAGGGAAUUGUACAGAUGACAUGACAUGUGUGAAGGAAGAGAUCUUUGGGCCUGUCAUGUCCAUUCUGCCAUUUGACACAGAGGAGGAGGCUGUGGAAAGAGCUAACACCACCAAAUUUGGCCUGGCAGGUGGAGUCUUCACCAGGGAUAUCCAGAAGGCUCACAGGGUAGUGGCUGCUCUCAAGGCUGGGAUGUGCUUCAUUAAUAACUACAACCUCAGCCCUGUGGAGCUGCCUUUUGGAGGAUACAAGGCAUCAGGAUUUGGCAGAGAGAAUGGACGGGCAGCCAUUGAGUACUACUCACAGCUGAAGACUGUCUGCGUAGAGAUGGGUGAUGUGGAAUCAGUGUUUUAGUGCCUCUGGGGUUGGCUCAAGGGAGCAUCAGCCAGUUCUUGCUUGUUAGACAGAGAUACGGAUCAUGUACACAGCAAUAAAGUGCUCUAAAAUUGUAA